AUGAUUGAGAACGCUACAUUAAUUAAACAAGGAGCCGAAGCUCGAAUACAUACGGCACCAUUUUUGACACGAACUGCCAUAGUUAAAGAAAGGUUUUCGAAAGCUUAUCGACAUCCUAUUCUUGAUAAGAAGUUAACAACAAGAAGAGUUAACCAGGAAGCUCGAUGUUUGUUCAAAUGUCGUAAAUCAGGAGUUGACACACCAGCAUUAUAUUUUGUGGAUACGGAAAAUAGUACGAUUUAUAUGGAAUUUGUCCGAGGAACGAUCGUCAAAGAUUUACUUGUCACGAAUAGUGUAUACAUUCAAAAUAAAGUAAAACAAGAUGAAUUGGCCAAAAAGAUUGGAAUUGCAUUGGCAAAAGUGCAUGAAAUUGAUAUCAUUCAUGGAGAUUUGACCACUUCCAACUUAAUGCUGAGAGAAUCCAAUCAAUCUCUGGUGGUUAUUGAUUUUGGAUUGAGUUACAUAUCAUCAUUGCCUGAGGAUAAAGCUGUUGACUUGUAUGUACUUGAAAGAGCUUUUUUGAGCACUCACCCUAAUUCUGAAGAAAUGUUCGAUUACGGGGACGAAAGAGAAGCAUGGUUGGAUGAAUCUACCAGGUUAUGA